AUGGCAUUUUCUGGUGCCUUGACGUUGACCGACCUAAAUGACUUCAUUACUCCUUCUCAAGCUUGUAUCAAACCGGUAGAGCAAAGCAAUAAGCCCGAGUCAAAUGACCCUGGUGCCGCAACGACUCAAAUUCAAGUUGACUCGAGCGGCUCGUACUAUGAGGUACCUAGCAAUCCCACGACGGCCGCACACCCAGGAGAAGGGAAGAAGAAGCUGACGGCCGCGGAGAUCAGUCUGAAUGACUGUCUGGCAUGCAGCGGGUGCAUCACCUCCGCCGAAUCUGUCUUGAUCACCAUGCAGUCCCAUGCUGAGGUCCUCAACUUCCUAGAGAACAACCCCCCACCUCCUUCCUGUCAUUACCGGGUGCCUAUCAUCUCCAUCGCUCCUCAGUCGCUCGCAUCUCUCGCUGCAUCCAACGUCAGCUUGCUCCAAACGCUUCGGCGGAUGAGCGCGUUCUGCAGAGACAUCCUCGGCUUCGCGCACGUCUACGACACCACCUUCGCGCGCCACCUCUCCCUCCUUGAGCAUGUACGCGAGUUCCAGGAACGUAAGGCUGGAGAAGGAGACUGCAAGCUCCCAAUGCUCGCAAGCGCAUGUCCGGGUGGCCGUACGAAGAGCCCUCAACAGAUCAUGGGAACACUUGUGAAAGAAUGGCUGGGAACGAAGUGGGGCAAAACCCCAGAUCAGAUCUACCACGUCACAGUGAUGCCCUGCUACGAUAAGAAACUGGAGGCGUCGCGGCAGGACUUCUACAACGAGGCGUACGCCACGCGCGAUGUCGACUGCGUCAUCACUACCGGCGAGCUCCAGUUGCUCAUGCUCGAGAAGGGCUGGGACCUCUCUACGCCCACCGGUGCCAUCCAACCCAGACCCGGUUCCUUCCUCGCAAAGGACAAGGAGGGCGCAUUACCUGAGCUCCUUGCGCACCCCGGCUCGAGUUCCGGCUCCUUUCUCCAAGCUCUCGUGCGCGCGCUCAUCGUUGCACAUCCGGAUCCCGCUGCACUGUCGCUCACGACCCGCGCCGUCCGCGGCUCAGACUACUCCGAGGUCACGCUCACACACACUGGCACGAACGAGGUCCUCUUUCGGGGCGCGACAUGCUACGGCUUCCGCAAUCUGCAGAACGUUGUCCGGAAGGUCGGCCGUGACGCAGGUGUACAAGUAGCGCGCGGCGCGGCGGGCAGGCUUGCUGGGCGUGCGAGGGGGCGCGCCGUCAAACGUGGAGGAGCGGUGGGCGCGCCGAUCCAGGACAAUCGAGGGUAUGACUACGUCGAGGUCAUGGCUUGCCCGAGCGGGUGCAUCAACGGUGGCGGUCAGUUGCGUCCGCCACCAUCUGCUCAAGGAAAGGACGAGGAGGGCCUGGUGCGCGAUUGGGAUGCGGACGGUGUCCGAGUCCCCUCGGAGCCCCCGUUGGAGACCGACGAGCCGUUGCCGGCCCCCGUCACGGGUGUGCGGUGGGGCGACCGGGAAUGGACGAAGACGGUCGAGGCCGCGUACUGGCGGGUCCUUCUAACGCCGUUGCCUACUCCACCCGCGGAUGGCGUACCGGCGGGUGCGGGGUGUGCCGAGGCCGAGGCGGACGCACUCGCCGCCCGAGUGCUUGUCGAGGCAACGCGCGCGAAGGGCAUGGGGGAGAUCGUGGGCUGGGACGUGAGACUAGAUGAGGAGGCGGAAGGAAGGCGAACGAUGAUGUUCAGGACGCAGUAUCGGGCGGUGGAGAGCGAGGUGAUUGGGCUGGCGGUGAAGUGGUGA